CACUCCAGGCAGCCGCCAGCCACCGCACGAGCCGGCCGCGUUGCCUCAGUGCGCCGCUACUACCGCUGUCGACCGCACCUCCCCGCGAAACUGCGACACCGCAAUCUACCACUAACAUGUCCCGCGCUUCAGUUUACAAAACAAUCCUAAAGUGACCAUGACGAAAUACAAGCUGAACAACACGGUACGCUCGUCUUCCGAGGUGACUUUAACGUCUUAUUUAACGGGCAGCAUGGAAUCUAAGGACGAUAAGUUGCAGAUAGAUUUGGACUGUCAAAAUGACAAUAUGAACACGGAGACGAACAGGAACUUGGCGGUCAAGUCGUGUCACGUAUGUCCACAUUCGUGCGAGUUUCUGGAUAACACGGGCAAGUUGGCGGCGAGUUUGGCGAAACGCGAGUGCGAUAGGUUCGGGCUUAAUGAACUGAAAGUUGAGGGCUUGGAAAAGAAUGUGUGUCUAUGCGAAAAGUACAACGGGGCGUGUAAGUUGUGCCCCAAGCUGUCGCCGGCCCCGAGUGUCGGGCUGGACGGCAAGGAGUCCUGUCUGGCCUGCCAUGGGAACAACGGCAGCACAUUUUUAAAUUCGAACGGCACAUACCCGAGCGUGUUCCCGGGCAAGGCGGACAGCGAGGACGGCAUCAAGUCCAGGAGCUGGCGCCGGGACGCGGCGCGCCGAGCCCGCGCCUGCUGCUCCGCCAAGACCCUGAAGCGAAGGGUGCCCAUCCUCUCCUGGCUGCCCAAGUAUUCCUUGAGGAGCGGGCUCGCGGAUGCUAUCGCUGGGAUCACAGUGGGCCUCACCGUGAUACCCCAGGCCAUAGCGUACGCGGGCGUGGCGGGCCUCCCUCCGCAGUAUGGCCUGUACUCUUCCUUCAUGGCCUGCUUUGUCUACACAGUCUUUGGGUCUGUAAAGGACUCAGCCAUAGGCCCCACGGCCAUAGCUGCCAUCCUCACGCGGGAGAACCUGCACGGCCUGGGCCCCGAGUUCGCUGUGCUUUUGGCCUUCCUCUCCGGCUGCGUCGAACUCAUCAUGGGCAUCUUACAGUUAGGUUUCCUGAUAGACUUUAUCAGCGGGCCAGUGUCAGUAGGGUUCACGUCAGCCGCCGCCAUCAUCAUCGCAACCACGCAGGUCAAGGACAUCCUGGGGCUCAGCUUCCCUGGCGGCAAGUUUUUGCAGGUGUGGACGGGCAUGUACGAGCACAUCGGCGAGACUCGACUCUGGGACACCGUGCUCGGGAUCUCCUGCAUCGUGGUGCUGCUACUCCUCAGGAAAGUGAAAGACAUAAAUGUCCGCAGCAAGGAGGACUCUGUCUCCGGCCAACGCUGCUGGCGCGACGUGGCUGCGCACGCGCUGUGGUUCCUGUCCACCACCCGUAACAUCACCGUGGUGCUGGUGUGCGCAGCGCUAGCUUACUACUUUGACACGCAGCAGCAGGCGCCCUUCGUGCUCACAGGCAAUGUAAAGGCCGGGCUGCCGCAACUAGCGCCGCCGCCGCUGUCGGCCACCGUCGGGAACCACACCUACACCUUCAUGGAGAUGACCUCCACGCUCGGCUCCGCCAUCUUCGUGGUGCCACUGCUGUCUAUCCUGGAGAACAUUGCCCUCGCUAAAGUGUUUUCUGAGGGCAAAUACGUGGACGCGACUCAAGAAAUGCUGGCGCUAGGGGUGUGCAACAUCGCGUCUUCACUAGUGGAUUCCAUGCCGGUGUCAGGUGCCUUGUCCCGCGGUGCUGUGAACCACGCGUCAGGAGUGGCCACCACGGCUGGUGGGCUUUAUACCGGAGCUCUGGUACUACUGUCGCUGCAGUACUUCACGCCGUACUUCUUCUACAUCCCGAAGGCGUCGCUGGCGGCAGUCAUCAUCGCAGCAGUCGUAUUCAUGAUGGAGUUGCACGUCUUCAAACCUAUCUGGAGGACUAAGAAACUGGACAUAAUUCCGGCGGUGGUGACGUUCGGCGCGUGCCUGCUGACGCGGCUGGAGCUCGGCAUUGUGAUCGGGAUCGCCGUCAACCUGCUGUUCUUACUGUAUGCCUCCGCCAGGCCCUGCGUCAAGGUCACCGAGGCAGUGUCGUCAGACGGCAUCGCGUACCUGGUGGCGACGGUGGACCGCGCGCUGGCGUUCCCGUCGGCGGAGUUUGUGCGACGCGCGCUGCGCAAGGCGGCCGACCGCCAACACAAGCCGCUCGUCAUCGACGCCACGCACGUGCAGGCUGCCGACUUCACCGCCGCUAAGGGCAUCAAAUCCCUGAUUGAAGACUUCCACGCGCGCGGUCAACCGCUGAUUUUCUACAACGUGAAGCCUUCGCUAGCAGACGUGAUCCAGGGAGUGAGACCCCGGGAAUUCCUGCACUGCAGCUCCAGGGCCGACCUGGAGGUGCUCCUGCGGCAUUCCUACCAGCGACACAAGCUGCCUACCAUCAUGUAGCGCGGCGCCGCGCGGACAGCGGCAAUGAGGACAGUAUUUAUUGCUUGUAUAUAUGUAUCGGACAGACGGACGUAUCGUAAUAUUAUUUAUAUCUAGAAUAACUAGCUUUAUAGGUUGUGUGAGUUGAGAAAAUAAAGUGUUGAGUAAUUGUUU